AUGAACGAUGACCAGGAACUGGCCCAGCCGGUGGCGGUGCCCGAGCGCCGCGCACCGCAGCCCUCCGUCAAGGUGCUCAUCGCGGAAGAUGACCCCACCCAGCGCGCCGCCCUCACCGAUCUGGUCGCCGCGCUUCGCCCCACCUGGACGGUGGUCGCCGGCGUCGGCUCCGUGGACGAAGUCGAGGCCGCCGUCGACUCCCUUGCGCCCGACCUCUGUCUCAUCGACAUUCACCUGCAGGGGAGCGACGACCCCAACUGGAUCAAGCGCUUGACCGCCGAUCUCGCCGUCAUCUACGUCACCGGCGACCCCGAUUUCGCGGUGCACGCCUUCGACAGCGAUGCCAUCGACUACGUGCUCAAGCCGAUCACCGCGCGCCGCCUGAAGCGGGCGCUGGACCGCGCCGUGCAGGACCCGCGCGUCAUCGGCCCGCAGCUUCCGGGCUCGCACGACACCGGGCGGGAGCUGCUGACCCGCGUGACGAUGUCCCGUGGCACAGAAACCAUCGUCGUCAUGCCCCAGGACAUCGCCUACCUGGAGGCGGACAUGAAGUACACGCGCGUCGUCACCGCCCGGGGCUCCGGACUGGUGCGCAUGGGCAUCAACGAGCUGUGCUCGCGCCUGCCGCCGGAGCAGUUCGUGCGCAUCCACCGCCGCCAUGUCGUGAAUCUGAAGUUCGUCGACUCGGUCAAGCGCAACGAGUUCGGCUACAUGGAAGUCUUCCUGCUGGGCCGCACCGAGGUGCUGCGCGUCAGCAAGAGCUUCCAGCAGGUGUUCCGGCCCGACUGA